ACUUUGCUGGAUUUAAUUAUUAUCCGAAGACUUCCAUUUUCCUGCGUAGAAUGGCCAGAAUGGCAUGCUUUUAUUCAGGCCCUAAAUCCGGAAGGCAAUACCUUUAUACCAACAUCUCACAAUACGAUUAAGCAGAGGAUUGCGAAUUGGUUUCCACAAGCAAAAGAUAUCGUACGAAAACGACUUCAGUUAUCGCAAACAAGCAUUCAUCUUGCCGUCGAUAUCUGGACACCACUAAGCCAUAAUCUUUUGCUUACUAUCUGCGCUAGCUUUGUGGACGCACAAGAUCACUUUCGAAACAUCUUAAUUGCCCUU